AUGGUGGAACGGAGGUCUAGAGGAAGGGGUAAAUUUGGUGGACAUCUUGGAAAAGUUCUCAACAAUUCCACAUCCCUUGUGACGAAUAUUUCAACGGUGGGGAAGGUGGUUGAUGUUUUCAUACCUCAAAAGAGUGAUAAACUAGGACGUCGCUUUGGUUUUGUGUGUUUUGUGGAUGUGGCGGAAGCUAAGAGUUUGGAGGCUAAACUUAGAUCUAUUGUCAUUGGCAGAAUGCGCUUGUCUAUCAAUUUGACAAGGCAUGCAAGGGAAAAAACUGUGGGAACAAAGGUGUCUGCGAAGGGCAGUGAAACGAGACACUCCUUUGUCAUAGGAGCUACAAAGACGUCAGGGAAUACGUAUGCGGAAAAGCUUAAAGCACCCCGUCUAAUUGAGACACACAUAGGGAAGAAGUGUGUGGAAAAGAAGAAACCUUGGGCUCACCUUGAGUUUGAGGUGGAUGAAGGGCGAAUUGAGGAGUGUAGAGGUGCUAUGGUUGGACGCCUUCAUAGAAAACAGGAUUUAAAAAAUAUGCGCGGGGCUCUUCUGCGAGAAGGUAUGUUGGAUAUUAAUCUCACAACCAUGGGAGAUGAUAUAGUGUUGGUGGAAUCUGAUGCGGGGGUAGAUUUAGUGGAUACAGUAUCGCUCAACAAAUUGUGGUGGGAGAAAUGGUUCUAUGAUCUACGAGAGUGGCACCCAAGUAUGGUAGCUGUGCGGAGGGUGACUUGGGUACGUUGUUAUGGGGUCCCUUUGCAUGCUUGGGGUGAAUUAUUCUUCCGUAAGUUGGUUUCUUCGCUUGGUGAUUUUAUCCAGAUAGACCAAGUCACGGCAGAAAGACGACGAUUGGAUUAUGGGAGGAUACAAUUAGGUACUACCAUUGCUGAGCUUAUCAAGCAAAACAUUACAGUGAAAAUUAAUGACCGUUUUUACUCAAUAGUCAUGCUUGAAGAGCAUGCCUGUGAUGUAUUAGCCGCAACAGAGGAAGGCGUGGCUAACUCUUCUGAGGACGGUAAUAACUCUUCUGAGGGUGUGCUGGAAGGUGAUAUCAGAAGUAAGGGUCGUGUGGUUGGUUCUGUGAUUAGGGGUGAAGUGUCAGCAAAAGGGUGUUUGGUGGAUGAGGGUUUGGGGGCUAGUGGUGUGGAUGCUACGGGUCCGACGGUGGCUAUUUGUGAUGCUGUAAAUGAGCCUUCUGAAAAUGUGGAGAGAGGAGUCCAAAUAGUAAGAGAUGGAUUGAAUUUGUCAGACCCGUUUGGAUUAGAUGCAUUGAUUUGA